CAAAUUGAAACUCGAAUCGCUCAGAUGGUAGCCGCAGCAGUGGAAACCGUAAGCAGUGCCGAGAUGUUCGUCAGUCAUGCCACCAUACACCUGAAGCAGCCACAAAUUGAGGCGACACCACACAUGUACUGGUGGUGCACACAGGUCACAGAUCAGCCGCAACAGCAGCAGCAGCAGCAGGAAGUUAGGGAAACGCUCGUGGAACGUGUUAAGCAAAAUGGGAGCACAACAACAAAAGCCACGCCCACUUAUACGCGCCCGCGCAUCCAGGGCAAUGAGGCAAAACGCCAGAAUCUGUUACAAACGCUGGACAACUUCUAUGCAGUAGAGCGCCACGACAGCGCCUUGAAUCGCGUGACUAAGUGAGAUGAACAGUCAUCUAUACACAUAUAUAUAUAUAUAUAUAUAUAUAUAUAUAUAUAUAUAUAUAUAUAUAUAUAUAUAUAUAUAUAUGUAUUGUAUAUCUGUUUAGCCUACUUAUUAACCCUAUAUGUGCCAAUGCCAAACAAAUGUGGCCUUGAAAAUACGCAGCAAAUUAUAAUUUAACACAUUUCAACUGAUAUUUAUAUGAUUUAUUGUUUAUGGAUCACAGCAAAUUAAGUUUGACUUUUAAGAAUAAACAUUUUAAAAUAA